AUGGCAAUUGAGAAAACAUCUGAAUCUUCGUCCACUUCCGAGAACGAUGCCGAACAAUCUAACGUAACAAUCGUCGAUGAUGAUGGUGGUUUGGGGGAAAUGAUGGCACUAGGAUUGAUUGAGGAAGGCGAAUCUUCAGGAAGAACAAAGCAAGUUAGUAUGGAGGACCGUGGAAUGAGCCCGAUUGUAAACAUUCCCGUUACAACACAUGAGCAGGCUACAAGUCCUAUUGGCAACGAAAAGGGUACAACUAUCUUGGUGCAAGAUCAAACUGAUACGAAUGAUACCGUCAUCCAGGAUCAAUCUGCUGGUUUAUUGCAAGAAUUAUCCAUGCAUAUCAAAGGGGAAACCGAUGAAGAUGAUGUGAAUGGAGUUCUGAUGAUUCGAUCUUGCAGAGUUUAA